AACCCAGCUUUGUGUCUUGGAAGAGUGAUGACUCUAUGAGAAUGCCGCCUAAAUUCAGUAAUGGAUCAGAACCUCCAGAACCCAGCUGUGUGUCUGUGAAGAGUGAUGACUCUAUGAGAAUGCCUCCUAAAUUCAGUAAUGGAGCAGAACCUCCAGAACCCAGCUGUGUGUCUGUGAAGAGUGAUGACUCUAUGAGAAUGCCUCCUAAAUUCAGUAAUGGAGCAGAACCUCCAGAACCCAGCUGUGUGUCUGUGAAGAGUGAUGACUCUAUGAGAAUGCCUCCUAAAUUCAGUAAUGGAGCAGAACCUCCAGAACCCAGCUAUGUGUCUGUGAAGAGUGAUGACUCUAUGAGAAUGCCUCCUAAAUUCAGUAAUGGAGCAGAACCCAGCUGUGUGUCUGUGAAGAGUGAUGAUUCUAUGAGAAUGCCGCCUAAAUUCAGUGAUGGAGCAGAACCUCCAGAACCCAGCUGUGCGUCUAUGAAGAGUGAUGACUCUAUGAGAAUGCCUCCUAAGUUCAGUGAUGGAGCAGAACCUCCAGAACCCAGCUGUGUGUCUUGGAAGAGUGAUGACUCUAUGAGAAUGCCUCCUAAAUUCAGUGAUGUUGGAACAUUGAAAAGGGGAAAGAGUAAUCUACUGCAGGAUCAGUCCAGGUGUGGAUUGUGUGAGCAGCUUCUUACAGAUCCAGUCUCGAUCACCUGUGGACACAGUUUCUGCAGACUGUGCAUCAACAGAUACUGGGAUGAAACUGAUCAAACUGGAGAUUUCAUCUGUCCCUCCUGCAGAAAGAGAUCUAAAACACGUCCUGCUCUUCAUUCACACACAGAGGAGUCUAUAAAGCACCAAAAAUUAGAGGAUGAUGUUCUUCACAGAGUUUUACAGAAACACAAAACCUGUAUGAAGAACAGGUACGAGAGUUUAUUUGAGGGAAUCAAAACACAAGAGAACAGAACCCUCCUGAACAGGAUUUACACACAGCUCUACAUCAUAGAGGGAGAGAGUGAAGGGGUGAAUGAAGAACAUGAGGUUAUAAAGAUGGAGAAGACUUCAAACAAAUACUUACAGGAAACUCCAAUCAACUGCUUAGACAUCUUUAGAUCUGUAGUAGAUCCUGAAGAAGAAAUGGAAAUAGUGAACAGUACAGCUGUGAUGGUCCAUGACAUCAGACAAAAUGAAAGGAAAGAAGAUAAAGGACCAAAAGAGCUUAGAACUGUGCUGACUAAAGGCAUCGCUGGAAUUGGAAAAACAGUCUCUGUCCAGAAGUUCAUUCUGGACUGGGCAGAGGGAACAGCCAAUCAGGAUGUAGAUUUCAUGUUUGUGCUUCCAUUCCGAGAGCUGAACCUGAUUAAAGAUGAGCAGUACAGUCUUUACACACUUCUCUGCACUUUUCAUCCUGAGCUCAAAGACCUGGACUCUAGGAUUUGUGAUGGACGCAAAGUUGUGUUCAUCUUUGAUGGUCUGGAUGAAAGCAGAAUUCCACUGAAUUUUUCACAGUGUGAGAAAGUGUCUGACAUCACUGUGACAUCAUCAGUGGGUGUGUUAAUGACAAACCUUCUUAAAGGAGAGUUGUUGCCCUCUGCUCACAUCUGGAUUACCUCCCGACCAGCAGCAGCCAAUCAGAUUCCUCCUCAUUAUAUCAACCGUGUGACAGAAAUUCAGGGGUUUAAUGACCCACAGAAGGAGGAGUACUUCAGGAAGAGAAUCAGUGACCAAGACCAAGCCCAGAAAAUCAUCUCCCACAUUAAGACAGCGAGGAGUCUCCACAUCAUGUGCCACAUUCCCGUCUUCUGCUGGAUCUCAGCCACUGUGCUUCAGAGAAUCAUGAAACAGAGUAAUACAGAAAUCCCUAAAACUCUGACUGAGAUGUACUCCCACUUUCUGAUCACUCAGAUCUACAUGAAGAAUGAGAAGUAUGAAGAGAAUCUAAACUGGGAUCCAGUGGAAUUGCUGAAAUCUAACAGAGCCAUGCUUCUGAAACUGGCAGAACUGGCUUUCAAUCAGCUGAUGAAGGGGAACGUGAUGUUCUAUGAAGAGGACCUGAGAGAGUGCGGUAUUGAUCUCACUGAGGCCUCAGUGUAUUCUGGGAUCUGCUCUGAGAUCUUUAGGGAGGAUUGUGUGAUUAAUCAAAGGAAGGUCUACAGCUUUGUACAUCUGAGCUUUCAGGAGUUCCUGGCUGCUUUCUAUGUGUUUCACUGCUACCUGAGCAAGAACAUGAAAACAGUGAGUGUUUUGCUAAAUGUCCCACUGGAUGAGCUCCUGAUAGGAGCAGUGAGCGAAGCCUCAGAAAGUCCAAAUGGACAUCUGGAUCUUUUCCUCCGUUUUCUGCUGGGCAUCUCUCUGGAUUCCAGUCAGAAGAUCCUACAGGGCCUCCUGAUCCACACAGAGAGCACCUCACAGAGCAUCAACAAAACAGUGACAUACAUCAAAGACCUAAUCUCAACAGAAGAUCUUAAUACUGACAGAUCUGUAAACCUGUUCCUCUGUCUGACUGAAAUGAAUGACCAGGAUUUACCCAGAGAGAUUCAGAAAUACAUAAAUUCAGAUAAAACUUCAAAAAAGGAUCUGUCUGCUCUAGAGUGUUUAGCUCUGUCCUACAUGCUGCAGACCUCAGAGGAGGUGCUGGAAGAGCUGGAUCUGAGGAAAUACAGCACAUCAAGAAUUGCUUAUAUGAAACUGUUUCCAGCUGUGAACAACUGCAGAAAGGCUCUACUUGCUGGCUGUGAUCUCACCAUGAAACACUGUGAAACUAUCUGCUGUGCCCUGAAAUCAGAAAGCUCCACCCUGAAAGAGCUGGACCUCAGUAACAAUGACCUGCAGGAUUCAGGAGUAGAGCUGCUCUCUGCUGGACUGAGAAGCUCACACUGUAAACUGGAGACACUCAGACUAGUUAGCUGUAAUCUUGGUCAAAAGACGUGUGCAAAUCUAGCAUCAGUUUUAAACCUGGAAAGCUCCUGCCUGAAAAAUCUGGACCUCAGUUAUAAUGACCUGCAGGAUUCAGGAGUUGAUUUGCUCUGUGCUGGAUUACAGAGUUCACACUGUCAUCUGGAGACACUCAGACUAGCUAGAUGUAAUCUUAAAAAUCUGGGAUCAGUUUUAAACCUUGGAAGCUCCACCCUAAAACAGAUGGACCUCAGUUACAAUGGCCUGCAGGAUUCAGGAUUUGAGCUGCUCUCUGCUGGACUGAAGAGUUCUCAUUGUAAACUGCAGAUUCUCAGACUAGCUGGCUGUGAUCUCACCAUGAAACAGUGUGAAACUAUCUGCUGUAUUCUGAAGUCAGAAAGCUCCACCCUGAAAGUGCUGGACCUCAGUAACAAUGACCUGCAGGAUUCAGGAGUGGAGUUGCUCUUUGAAGGACUACAGAGUUCCCACUGUAUACUGGGUACACUUAGGCUAGCUAUGUGUAAUCUUGGGGUAAAGGCAUGUGGAAAUCUGGCAGCAGUUGUAAAUCUGGAAAGUUCUUGCCUGAAAGAGCUGGACCUCAGUAACAACGACCUGCAGGAUUCAGGAGUGGAGCUGCUCUCUGCUGGACUGAAGAGUUCACACUGUAAAUUGCAGAUUCUCAGGCUAGCUAUGUGUAAUCUUGGGGUAAAGGCAUGUGGAAAUCUGGCAGCAGUUGUAAAUCUGGAAAGUUCCUGCCUAAAAGAGCUGGACCUCAGUAACAACGACCUGCAGGAUUCAGGAGUGGAGCUGCUCUCUGCUGGACUGAAGAGUUCACAUUGUAAACUGCAGAUUCUCAGGCUAGCUAUGUGUAAUCUUGGGGUAAAGGCAUGUGAAAAUCUGGCAUCAGUUGUAAGCCUGGAAAGUUCCUGCCUGAAAGAGCUGGACCUCAGUAACAACAACCUUCAGGAUUCAGGAGUGGAGCUGCUCUCUGCUGGACUGAAGAGUUCACAUUGUGAACUGCAGAUUCUCAGGCUAGCUAUGUGUAAUCUUGGGGUAAAGGCAUGUGAAAAUCUGGCAUCAGUUGUAAACCUGGAAAGUUCCUGCCUGAAAGAGCUGGACCUCAGUAACAACGACCUUCAGGAUUCAGGAGUGGAGCUGCUCUCUCCUGGACUGAAGGGUUCACACUGUGAACUGCAGAUUCUCAGAUUAUCUGGUUGUAUGGUCUCAGAGAAAGGCUGUUCUUCUUUGGCUGCAGCUCUAAGUUCAAAUCCCUCCCACCUGAAGGAACUGGACCUGACCUUCAACCACCCAGGAGAAUCAGGACAACAGCUGUUCUCUGCUAGACUAGAAGAUCCAGGCUACACGGUCAGAAUGGAAUCUGGAGGGGUAAUCAGAAUGAAACCAGGACUUAAGAAAUACGGCUGUGAUUUCACACUGGAUCCAAACACAGUAAACCCUGAGCUCUCUCUGAGUGAGGAGAACAGGAGGGUGGUGAGAGGAGAGAAGCUGCAGGCGUAUCCUGAUCAUCCAGAGAGGUUUGAUUGGUAUCCGCAGGUUCUGAGUAGAGAGGAAGUUACUGGACGCUGUUACUGGGAGGCUGAAUGGAGAGGAGAGAGAGGAGCUGUCAUAGCUCUGAGUUAUAAAACCAUCAGCAGGAAAGGAGGAAGAUCAGACUGUCGGUUUGGACGGAAUAUAAACUCCUGGUGUCUGAGCUGCUCUAAUAAAAGAUACUCUGUUCAUCACAAUAAUAACAGAACUGAACUCCCCCCUCCUCCCUCCGGCUGUAGGAGAGUAGGAGUGUAUGUGGACUGUCCCGCCGGCACUCUGUCCUUCUACAGAGUCUCCACUGAUACACCCUCACACACUCUCACACCCUCACACACACCCUCACACACUCUCACACACUUACACACACCCUCACACACUCUCACACACUUACACACACCCUCACACACUCUCACACACUUACACACACCCUCACACACACCCUCACACACUCUCACACACUUACACACAUUCUACACCACCUUCACUCAGCCCCUCUAUGCAGGGAUUGUGGUUGGUUCUGGCUCCUCAGUGACUCUGAGUAAAAUAGAGUAACCCUGUGUGUAACAGUGUGUGUGUGUGUGUGUGUGUGUGUGUGUGUGUAUGUGUGUAUGUGUGUGUGUGUGUGUGUGUGUGUGUGUGUGUGUGUGUUGGGGAGCUGUAUAAAUCAUUUCUAUUCCAGACUAAAGACUUGAAUCAAACUGAUUCAUCAAUCUACAGUUUAUCACACUGUUUAUGAUUACUGUAAUAAAAUGUAUUUCUUUAUUCCUGUAAUUCAUAUUGUUAUUUUUGUUGAUUAUUUCGUGUCAUUUUAUAAUUUAUAAUCACAGAGCUUCUGUUACUGUUAUACUGUUUACCAUUUGUAUGUGUUUCUUUAUUCCUGUAUUUCAGAUUAUUAUUCUGUUUCUUUUACCUUAUUUUUGAGUUUAUUAUUAUAUAAUAAAUAAAAACAUUAACAUCAA